UUAAAAGAUAAGAAAUAUAUUAAAUAUAACAACGAAAAUUCAAAAUAUUUAAUAAGUUUUAUUUGGUCAUUUAAUUUAUUCUUUAAUAUUAUCCCACCACUAGUGCACGAAUUGAAUUAGGUAUGCCGAAAGUUCGCAGAAGUCGGAAACCUCCACCAGAUGGGUGGGAACUUAUAGAGCCUACACUAGAAGAAUUGGAACAGAAAAUGAGAGAAGCUGAAACUGAAUCUCACGAAGGAAAACGUAAAGUCGAGGCGCUAUGGCCAAUUUUCAAAAUUCAUAACCAGAAAUCAAGAUAUAUUUAUGAUUUGUUUCAUAGACGUAAAGCUAUUUCUAGAGAAUUGUAUGAUUUCUGCCUGCAAGAAAAAAUUGCUGAUCAAAAUUUAAUUGCAAAAUGGAAAAAACAAGGUUAUGAAAACUUAUGUUGUCUUCGUUGUAUUCAAACAAGGGAUACAAAUUUUGGCACUAGCUGUAUAUGCAGAGUCCCAAAAUCUAAAUUAGAAGAAGGUCGAAUUGUAGAAUGUGUGCAUUGUGGAUGUAGAGGUUGUUCUGGCUAAAUAAACUCUGAACAUUGAUUAAAUGAUAAUUGUAUUACUUUUAUUCUUAAUAUGUGUAAAAUGAAUUUAUUUCUUUAUUAAUAUGUGUGUGGUAUAAGACUGAAAUUAAAACAGCAUACUAACUAAAACAUAAUAAGUUAGUAAUAUUUAAUUUCUAUAAUAAUAAUGUAAAGUAUGAAAUGCAUUAUUUUUUAAGAUAAACAUUUUUAAUAAC